UCCUCUACGCUGUACCCCAUUUCCCAGCUAGCGCUCAUACUCCCAUUUCACUCCAAACCAAAACACAUUCUCUUUCUCUCAUUGACUGACCCUACUUCACCACCCUUCUCAACCAAACUUUAGCGUUAAAUAAUUAAUAAUUAAUAUUGUUCAUUCAGGGGUCUACAAGUGCCAACUUUUUAUUGAGACAAGUAUGUGUUUUCAUGACACAUUCAAAAGGGGUUCUAAGUUUUUGAUUGCUGAGAAGUCCCAUCGUUUAAUAUACCAUUGGUAUCCCAAUCUUUCAGUCCUCCCGACCUAAUAUUAUUGAACUCAGUAAAGGGAAGAGAGUGUUAGCUCGAGGGAUGAGGUAUAUUAUUUACUCCUCCUGGAGACACCAAUGCUAAAAAAGGGAGGGAAGAAAAAGCCAUGAGAAACUGCAUAAGGUGCUGCAUCUCUUGCAUCCUCCCAUGUGGGGCUCUCGACGUGAUCCGCAUAGUGCACUCCAAUGGCAGAGUAGAAGAAAUCGGUGGCACCAUCAAGGCCAGUGAUGUUAUGAAGGCACACCCCAAACACGUCCUCAAGAAGCCGUGCUCCUCCGCCGCGGAUGCCGCCGAAGGCGGCGUCGGCGGUGGGGUCCCAAAGAUCGUGGUGGUGCCACCCGACGCAGAGCUCCAACGUGGGAAGAUUUACUUCCUCAUGCCACUCCCUCCUUCUCCUCCACAAGAGAAGAACCAGCAGAGGAGGAAGAAGAAGAAGAAGGAACACAGAGAGAGAACAAGGAACAACACCAACGUGUCCACGACUAUGUCUAUGACUAGCUUGCUUGUCUCUGAUCGCUACUUGAAUGAUAUACUCUCAGAGAAGGUGUCAACGCAAAGAGACAGAAGAAGAGGGCGUGUUGCUGUGUGGAGGCCUCACUUGGAGAGCAUUUCUGAGUCACCUCCUCAUAUGUAACAAUUCUUCUUCUUCUUCUUCUUCUUUCUUCACAAGUCACAACCUUUGCCUAAGGGUCAUGUCAUGUCCAUAUAGUUUAUAUGAUAAUCCUCAUAUAGGCUUCCAACCCCAUUUUUUCAAAAUAUGUAGAGAGAAAAUAAAUAAUUUCCUCUUUUUUUAAUACUUUACUCUGCUUCUGCAAAGGUUGCUGUGUACAUAAGGUUGUCCAUAUAAUAUGAGGUUUGUAAUUAACCAGUUGGAGAGUUUAAGUUAUAUUUAGACCAUAAUUGAGUAUGUUUUCGUCAAGGUUUUAUAAAACGGUCUGCGACACAACACGUCAAGGUUUUAAGGUUUCUGUGGUAGUAAAA